AUGAGUGUUAAAGCUUUCAAGCUCGUUUCUGCCGUAGAGCAGGAGAUGUUAAUGGGAGACAAGAGUUACAUCAACAUCGAAUGCAUUGAGUGUUGUGGGAAGAACCUCUAUAUUGGAACCAAUGACUGCUUCAUCUAUCACUUCCUGUUGGAUGAAAAGAUCUCAACAGCUGGAAAAGUAACUUUUGCUGCCACCAAGCAACUACAUAAAUACUUGGGCUUGAAGAAGCCUGUGAGUGAGUUGAAAGCAGCCUCUGCCCUCACCAGGCUUCUUGUGCUUUGCGACAACACAAUAACACUAGUUAACAUGAUGAACUUGGAACCCAUCCCCACUGGUGCUAGAAUCAAAGGAGCUGUGACAUUUGCAUUAAAUGAAAACCCUGUGAGUGGGGAUCCUUUCUGUGUCGAAGUCUGCAUUAUCUCCGUCAAGCGGCGGACCAUUCAGAUGUUCAUGGUGUUUGAAGACAGAGUCCAGAUUGUGAAGGAAGUGUUUACUCCAGAGCAACCCUGUGCUGUGGCUGUAGAUGGCUAUUACUUAUGUCUUGCACUUACUACACAGUAUAUUAUUUUGAAUUAUAAUACCGGCGUUUCCCAGGAUCUGUUUCCUUAUUGCAGUGAUGAGAAACGGCCAAUUGUGAAAAGGAUAGGCAGACAAGAAUUUCUGUUGGCUGGCCCCGGAGGCCUAGGCAUGUUUGCAACUGUAGAUGGCAUUUCACAGCGUGCCCCUGUGCACUGGUCAGAGAACGUGAUUGGAGCAGCGUUGUGCUUUCCUUAUGUGGUUGCUCUGGAUGAUGAGUUCAUUACAGUGCACAGCAUGCUGGACCAGCAGCAAAAGCAAACACUGCCUUUUAAAGAAGGUCACAUUCUACAGGACUUCGAAGGAAAGGUUAUUGUUGCUACUAAUAAGGGUGUGUAUAUCUUGGUGCCACUACCUUUGGAAAAACAGAUUCAAGAUCUUCUAGCUGGCCACAGAGUGGAAGAAGCCCUUGUUCUAGCAAAAGGAGCUCGAAGGAAUAUUCCAAAAGAGAAAUUUCAGGUAAUGUACAAACGAAUCCUGCAGCAAGCAGGUUUUAUACAGUUUGCACAGCUUCAGUUCCUUGAAGCAAAAGAGCUCUUCAGAAGCGGCCAGCUUGAUGUCCGGGAGCUGAUCUCUCUCUACCCCUUCCUGUUGCCUACUUCCUCUUCAUUUAUACGGUCUCAUCCCCCUCUGCAUGAGUACGCGGACCUAAACCAGCUGACCCAAGGGGACCAGGAGAAGAUGACAAAAUGCAAACGAUUCCUCAUGAGUUACUUGAAUGAAGUCCGCAGCACUGAGGUGGCAAAUGGCUACAAGGAAGAUAUCGACACAGCAUUGCUCAAGCUAUAUGCAGAGGCAAAUCAUGAAAGCCUGCUGGAUCUGCUAGUUUCAGAGAACUUUUGUCUCUUAACAGAUAGUGCUGCCUGGCUUGAAAAGCACAAAAAGUAUUUUGCCCUUGGUCUCCUGUAUCACUACAAUGGUCAGGAUGCAGCAGCACUUCAGUUAUGGGUGAAAAUAGUUGAUGGAGACAUUCAAGAUUCUACACGUUCAGAUCUCUAUGAAUAUAUAGUAGACUUUCUUACAUUCUGCUCUGACCAAGAUCUAGUGUGGAAAUAUUCUGAGUGGGUUUUACAAAAAAAUGAAGAGGUUGGUGUACAGAUUUUCACUAAAAGGCCUUUGGAACAACAGGAGAAAAACAACAUUAAUCCAGAUGAUAUAAUCAGUUGCCUUAACAAAUAUCCUAAAGCACGUGUUAAAUAUCUAGAACAUCUGGUAUUGGAAAGAAAAAUAGAGAAAGAGAAGUACCAUACUCAUCUAGCUGUCUUGUACUUGGAGGCAAUACUUCAACUAAAAUCUGUGGCCACAGAUAAUUGUACAGAAACAACUGAACUUCUGUUUAAACUACGAAGUCUUCUUCAAAAAUCUGAUCUUUAUAGAAAACACUUCAUUUUAGACAAAAUCCAGGGCACAGACCUUCAUAUGGAAAGUGCAAUUUUAUAUGGGAAACUAGAAGAACACGAGAAGGCUUUGUAUAUCCUUGUCCACGAGUUAAAGGACUUCCAUGCUGCUGAAGAAUACUGUCUCUGGAACUCUGAGAGCAGAGAUGUGCAGUACAGACGGCGGCUUUUCCAUAUGCUGCUGACAGUAUAUCUAAGUCCAGGCACUUCGGAUUGUGCACUAGCCAUGGCUGCUGUGGAUCUCUUGAACAACCAUGCUGCUGAAUUUGAUGCAGCUCUGGUUUUGCAGCUGGUGCCUGACAGCUGGUCAGUGCAGCUCCUCUCCCCUUUCCUGGCUGGAGCAGUGAGGCAAAGCAUUCAUACAAAAAGAAUGACUCAGGCUGCGCUUGGGUUAGCACAAGCUGAAAACUUAAUCUACAAACACGAGAAGGUUAAACAAAAAGGAGCCCCAAUUCUUCUUUCAGACAAGAAGGUCUGUCAGGUGUGCCAAAAUCCUUUCUGCGAGCCUGUAUUUGUAAGAUACCCAAAUGGGGGUCUGGUCCACACACACUGUGCUGCAAACAGACAUCUGAAUUCCAACAUGACUCAUCACUUUUCUAGCUCCAGCAAUCAGACUUGA